AAGUUUUUACAGACUUUCGUAGACCUCAUGAUGAAAAGCAAGAUGAGAGUUUUCUGUUGGUUUCUGUCGUUGUUCUGCGCUAUCAGGACGGAAGGAUUUUCAGUGCGGGGUCCUGCUAUGCCCCUAGUUGUCCAGUUGGGGGCGUCUGUAACGUUGCCCUGCUCUGUGGAUACCCCACUACCUCUGCUUGAGCUGGAGGUGCAGUGGAUGAGGGAGGAUUCUGGAACCCCGGUGCAUCUGUUCCAGAAAGGGGAGAAUAGGCCAGAAUCACAGAGCCCAGCUUACAGCGGCAGGGCCCAGUUUCUCUCUGAAGAAAUCUCCAAAGGAAACUUCUCUCUGCUGCUUAGGAAUGUCACUACUGAAGACAAAGGGCUGUACAAGUGUGUAGUUCACGAUAAAUACGAGUCCAGUGAAACUAAGGUGAAAAUAGAUAUUGAACGGCUGGUUGUGACAGGUGCAUACGUGCCUGCAUUUGCAUAUGCUGGUGAAGAUGUGGUUCUGAACUGCUCAGUGGACACCCAUGUUCCUGUCAAAGAGUUACAAGUAGAGUGGAUAAAGACAAACGGGGAAAUCCUGGUGCUGCUGUUUUCUGAGGGGGAGAACAGACCAGAGUCACAGCAAGAGAGAUUCAGGGGGCGUGCUGAGUUCUUCAGUGAGGAAAUUCCCAAAGGAAACUUCUCUCUGAAAUUGAGGGAUGUAAAAAGUGAAGACAGAGGGGAAUUCAUGUGCAAAGUCCAUACAGACAGGGAAUCAGUCAAUGCAACGGCAUGGUUACAAGAACUGGGGUUUUCCACCUUACAUUUAUGUGUCCUGGGCUUAACCAUUGCUGCAGCGGCUUUUGCAGUUAUAAGCUGCAUUCCUGCUCUUUGGUAUAUAAACAAAGAAAGACAAGAAAAAAUCAAAAAAGCUAAACGUUCCGAAUGGCGUUCCAUGUUCUGGCCAUGGUGA